AGGUGGGAAAGGGAGGGGGGUAAAUUCAACGCAUUGGAGGAAUUGCAGUUUGACUGCGUUGUAGAAGGUUUCACACAAAGAAUGGAUAACUAACAAGCUGGGGGAUCGUAAAUACAAACGCACAUGAAAUUGACGACAAAAUGAAUGCACCAAAAACAAACGAAAGGAUUUGAAUCUAAAUUAUUUUUAACUUUGGAAGGAGGAGUUUGAAGAAGUUUGAAGACGGGGUCUGUAGUAAAGUUAAGUAGACUAAAGACGCUGAGAUUGCGUUUCCAGAGGAAAGUGGAGGACAGAAACAGAAGGAAAGAUGUUAGCAGAGACGAGCGUUCACUUUUAUAAAAGGCCUAAUGUGUACAAUAUUUAAAAACGUUUGUUUUGCGCAUGGCCUUUCAAAUACGUUUAUUUUCUCAAAUAAUUCUGGAUCGGGCGGAGGAAAACGGUUUAGUCCAGAAUGCGCAGUCUUUUAUCGAGAUGUCAGCUGUAUGUAUCGUGCGGUUAGUUUUUUUGGGGGGUAGCCUAAAAUAUUUGGAAACAGUCGUAAAGAAGAUAGUUUGUAGCCUUCCCAUUUCCCUAAGACUAAGCCAAUCCGUGUUGGAACAAUGUGGUCAAUUUCUGUUUGUUUAUUGUAACUUUAUUGCAACAAUUGUUAUAUGUAUCCGUGUGGAUUGCAACCUCGUGUAGCCUAGGUUACAGUACAUUUGGUUGCAUUUAUUUUCAUUAUAUUGUACAGUAAAUGUAAAAAAUAAAUAAUUGGUAAAAUAAUUAGUAAAUAAAAUCAAUAUCUAUUUGAUGGCUUUUUCCGUCGUUGAUAGAGAGUUUGAUCGGGGUUCAAAUCGCACAGUCCAGCUCACGGAGGAGGACUGCAGUUUGGUGGAUAAAAGACUGGAGCCCAUUUCAACCAGGAGUCUGAUACGGGACAACGACUCGAACCAACGGACCACUCGUGGGAAAGGCCUGAUUUUUUGGGGAUUUAACUCCACAAGCCUGGAAUCUAAUCGUAUUCACUUUUGUGAGAGAACCCGUAUCCUGUCCUUUAGGCUAUGCCUGUGUAAACCGUGAUCAGGCAGGUAUGCAGUUGAACCGACCGAAGAGCGAUUUAGUGUCGAGCUUCAGCCCGUCGAUUUCCCCUGAGACGGCAGCCAGUAUCGGUUCCUUCUCCAGCCAGUUCAAAACCAUGCGCUUCUCCUACCACAUCAGCCGCAGCAUGGCAAGACCACAACCGCCGCUGCGCAGGAUACGCCCGUCCUCCUCCAGUCCUCGGCUGAUGACUAAGAGCCUAUCCCUGGAGCCUGGUGCUCACGGUGCAUGCCUCGGGGCCCACGACGACGACUCAGACACCCAGACAGAGACCCCUCGCCUAAGUUCAGACCCCGGCCCUCAAACCUCCGGGCCACUGGGUCUGCAACCCCCCGGGGCCCUGCUGCACCCCGCUCGACACAGCUGUAACAGAGGAGACAAUGGGAGUGGAACUCCUCAGGAAGUGCCCUCCACCGCCCUCAAGACACGCCCUCCCUUACCUGGGCCUAAACCACAAGUGCCCCCAAAGCCUCCUCACCUGCAGCAGAGUGCUGGUGCUGCUAGACCACGCCCCCGCGCCCCGGACAAGCCCCUCCCUCUGCCUCCACCCUGUAGACCUCUGCCUGCAGACCCCAGAGGGGGAGGAGCCAGCCAUCCCCAAACACUCCCCCGCGUUGAGGGAAGCUCCUCCCCCACCGCAUGCGUGCUCUCCCUCAUCGAGAAGUUUGAGAGGGAGAAGAUCAUUGUGGUGCCUGAUAUCACGGGAGGGGGUGUCUGCACCCCCUGGGUCCUCGAGACGGGACCAGGAGGGGACACCUUCUCUCCCCCAGCCUCAGAGCUCCCUCUGGGCUGUCUCCCCGUGGUCUGGCCCCCUGGUUCCUCUCAAGACCUCCAGGAGCUCCGGGAUCUACCUCAGGGGCUGGCUGUGCUGGUUAAUGUGUUGCCGGGGGAGACGGAGGUACCAGAGGAUGACAAUGAUAAUGAACUAGGAAAGUUGUGCUCUAUCUCUGACAAGCGUUUGUCCAUGGAGUCUGGCUACAGCGCCUCGGAGAGACUCACGGACACCAUGGAGAUGAGGGAGCAGGUGGGGUCAGAAUCAGAGAGCCAAUCAGAGAUCCCCUCUGAACACUUGCCCCUCCUUCAACCGCAGACGGACGGCAAGCUGGCCAAUCGGGACUCUGGCAUCGACAGCAUCAGCUCUCCGUCCCACAGCGAGGAGCUGUGUUUCGCCGGCGACGAGGACCGGGUCAUCUUCCCCUGUAGUCCCGCCCUCACGCUGCCACGCCUCUCUAGCUCCUCCUCUUCCGGCUAUGCCGAGGGUCAGGGGGCAUCGGCUGAGGGGGGGAGAGAUUCGGAGGGGGACAGUGACUUGGAGGAGGGGAGUGGGGACGAGACAAUUGAACUGAUCAACCCCAUGAUGGAUAUGCUGCCUUUGGCCCUGCCUCAAACAGACAGACAGGACUCUACAGAGCUGUCGGUGCAGCAGCGUGUGUUCAACAUAGCCAAUGAGCUCCUCCACACAGAGAAGGCCUACGUGUCUCGGCUGUACCUCCUGGACCAGGUGUUCUGCUCCUCCCUCCUAGAGGAGGCGCGCUCCCGCUCCUCCUUCCCUCUAGACGUGGUCAUGGGUAUCUUCUCCAACAUCUGCUCUAUAUACUGUUUCCACCAGCAGUUCCUGCUCCCCGCCCUGGAGAAACGCAUGGCAGAGUGGGAUGUGAACCCGCGCAUCGGGGACAUCCUGCAGAAGCUAGCCCCCUUCCUGAAGAUGUAUGGAGAGUACGUGAAGAACUUUGACCGGGCCAUGGAGCUGGUCAACACCUGGAUGGAGAGGUCAUCCCAGUUCAAAGCCAUCGUCCACCAAAUCCAGAGAGAGGAGCGCUGUGGUAACCUGACCCUACAGCACCACAUGUUGGAGCCGGUUCAGAGGAUCCCUCGCUACGAGCUGCUGCUGAAAGACUACCUGCACCGUCUCCCUGACGACCAUGAUGACUUUCAACAUGCACAGAAAUCACUAGAGUUGAUCGCCACAGCUGCCGAGCACUCCAACACAGCCAUCAGAAAGAUGGAGCGUAUGCGUAAACUGCUGAAGGUGUAUGAGUUGCUGGGAGGAGAGGAGGACAUCGUUAACCCUACUAACGAACUCAUCAAGGAGGGACACAUCCUCAAACUGUCGGCUAAGAACGGCACCUCACAGGACAGAUACCUCAUCCUGUUCAAUGAUAGGUUAUUGUACUGCGUCCCUAAACUGAGGCUGAUUGGCCAGAAGUUUGGGGUGAGAGCCAGGAUCAACGUGGAUGGGAUGGAGCUGAAGGAGAGCAGCAGUGUUAACGUUCCCAGGACCUUCCUGGUGUCUGGAAAACAACGGUCACUAGAACUACAGGCCAGGACUGAAGAAGAGAAGAAGGACUGGAUCCAGGCUAUCCAGGCCACCAUUCAGAGACAUGAACAGACGCUAGCCACGUUCCACCAUCUCAACUGUUCUCUCCGAGAUGAGGACUACACUCCUCCCAACUCACCUAAUUGUUCCGAGCUGGGGAAGCGUGCCCCCACUCCGAUCCGUGAGAAGGAGGUGACUCUGUGUAUGAAGUGCCAGGAACCGUUCAACUCCAUCACCAAGAGACGUCACCACUGCAAAGCCUGUGGACACGUGGUGUGUGGAAAGUGUUCAGAGUUCAGGGCCCGUCUGCUCUACGACAACAACAGGGCUAACAGGGUGUGCAUCGACUGCUACACAACCCUAGUGGGGGUUCCCCCCUCCCCCGCCAGCCUGACAAGCAGCGCAUACAGAAGACGGUCAAUACUAGAGAAACAGGCGUCGGUGGCAGCAGAGAACAGUGUGAUGUGUAGCUUCCUCCACCACAUGGAGAAGGGAGCAGGCAGAGGCUGGCAGAAAGCCUGGUUUGUCAUCCCAGAGAAUGAACCACUGGUGCUGUACAUAUACGGUGCUCCUCAGGAUGUGAAAGCCCAGCGCUCUGUACCCCUGAUUGGCUUCGAGGUCUCCCUUCCUGAGUCAUGUGACCGCCUGGAACGCCGCUUUGCCUUCAAAAUCAGCCAAUCCCACCUUACGCUCUACUUCAGUGCCGAUGGGGAGGAGCUACAGCGCCGCUGGAUAGAGGUCCUAUCACGCGCAGGGAGAGGGGAGGAGCUCCAGGCUCAUGGUUCAAUUACAGAGGCCCUAGAGGAGGAAGGGGAGGAGACUGCAACCUCGGGAGAGAAUACAUGAUUGAUUUUGAGGCGUACAAUCAAUAUUAGAUCUGUUCUCUAAAGACACAAAACUACAAACUGUACAGAACAUGAGCAGCACACACAGUUUAAAACUCACACACACACACAGGUUGACACACACAGGUACACACACACACAAACUCACACACACACACAGGUUGACACACACAGGUACAC